AGAUGAUUUCUUUUGAUUUGUCUGCCCAAGUCUUAGUUAAUAGGAACUGUUAGAAGUCACCAUCAAGAUUGAGCAAGGUGGCAGAAUUUGUUGGACAAAGUCAAGCUUGACUUGGUAUAUCUUAAAAAAAAAGUCUAAAUGAAAAGGUUAGUUUUCACACAAAUUAUGUUACAACAUGGGAAACAGCUAAUGUUCAUUUACUGAUGAGGUACCUGUGGUCUAUGAUCUUAAGGCAACUUAAAAUUUCUAAUUUGGUGUUGACUCAUGACUGUGAGUAUGUGAAAAUUCUUGUAACAAAAGGCAUUAGCUAGUGACUCAUUGCUGAAUAGAAAUUUAUCAGCAGUAUGGCUGGGGUUUUGUGUCCUAUGCUUCAGCUUCUUUGGACAUGUUGGAUACUGAUGUGCUUGAAUUUCAUGGAUUGCAAUGGUAAAUUAGUAGAGGAGGAAAAGAGGGCACUUUUGGAGCUGAGGGACUCCCUUAACUAUCCCAAUGGAUCUACGCUAAUUAAUGAAUGGGUUGAAGAAAAUUAUUGUGCAUGGGCUGGUAUUUGCAUCAGGGAUCUAAAUAAUGAUGCACAUGUUCUUGAUAUUAUUCUUACCAGUAAAAGGGAACUUGGACUUGGAAUAUGGUAUCCUGAUGCAAACUUGUUGACUCGUUUCACGCAUCUCCAGUCUCUUUAUAUAUCUGGCAACGCUAUUGGCAACUGGAUCAUGCCAGAAGCAUUAUGCAAAUUGCGCAACCUGAAGGAAUUGGAUCUAAGUUUCAACCCUUUAAAUGGCGAUGCUCUGCCUCAUUUUCAAGUAUGUAGUCUCGCAUCUCUAGAACAGCUGCACCUAUCAGGGAUUUAUCCUAGUUUCCCUUUACCACUGCUCAAAGCAUUGUGCGGACUAAAGGAUAUGCGGAAACUAGAUCUAAGCAACAACAAUCUUACAGAUGAUAGCAUGCCACAUUGCCUGUUUGAUGAUCUUUCAUACCUUGAAAGCCUAGACCUGUCUGGGAAUAACCUUAAGAAUUCCCAUCACAUUCUAUCAGCUUUAUGUAGACUGCAAAAUCUCAAAAGGUUGGAUCUGAGUGAUAAUUUUCUUGAUGAUGGAAGCAUACCGACCUGCCUCUUUGAAAAUCACUCAGUGCUUGAAAGUCUGGAUAUUUCACAUAACAAUAUCAGGGGUUCUCCUGGUUUCUUUUCAGGAAUCUGUAAACUUAGGAACCUGCAGGUGUUAAAUUUUCAGGAUAACCUUAUACAAGGUGGACUUGAUCCAUGCCUUGGUGGAAUGACUUCCUUGGUUUCUUUAGAUCUUUCUUUCAAUCAUUUUGAGGGGACUAUUUCUUCUUACAUAUUCAGCAACCUGACUUUGCUUGAGACCCUUCGUCUUUCAGAUAGGUUUGAUGGACUUCACUUGUUUGCAUCAUUUGCUAACCUCUCCAAUCUUGAAGCCAUUGAUCUUACAAAUAAUGAGUUUGAAGUUGACACUGAAACUCCAUCUUGGGUUCCAUCUUUUCAACUUUUGUCCCUUGACCUACAAAAUACUAGACUAAACCAGAACUAUGGCCAUGUAAUUCCAACGUUCAUCUCCAAACAACACAAGUUGAAGUCCCUGUCUUUGUCCUAUAAUGCCCUUCAAGGAAGCGUUCCGUCCUGGUUGUUGUAUAAUAAUACACUUCUUAUGUUGUCUUUGAGAAGCAACCGUUUGUAUGGUGGAAUUCCUGCGUCUUCUCAGAUUCAAGCAUCAAGUCUUCUGAUGCUUGAUGUAUCAGAUAAUUUCUUAGGCAGUACACUUCGCACUAACGUGCUCGAAUCACUUCCAGACUUAUUCUAUCUUAACCUGUCAAAUAACGCCCUCGAAGGCACCCUUCCUUCAUCUUUUGACAAUCUGCUAAAGUUAGAGGUUCUGGACCUUUCUCACAACUUCCUACAGGGAAAACUUCCUCCAGCUUUAAGACAGAAUCACACUUCAUUGGCACAUUUAGUUCUUUACAACUUUCAUGGGGAGGUUAUGCCCCGAUUUUCAAAUAUGUCAAAUCUUGCAUACUUGCAUCUUCAAAAUGAUGGAUUUAUUGGAGUCCUCCCUGCUGCUAUGUUUAACCUUCCUGUUCUGAAGGUCAUGGACAUUAGUGGGAAUAAUUUAUCAGGGAAUGUUCCAGAUUAUUUUCCUCUCUUUCCACAUCUAGCCAUACUUAUCUUGGCUAGAAACCAGUUUCAUGGGAUUAUUCCAGUGUCUUUGUGCCAGAUGCAAAAGCUUCAUUUUUGGACAUGUCUGCAAAUUCACUCUCUGGGGAUUUACCUUCUUGCCUCGGCAACAUAACCGCAUGGAUGAAAGAAUCUCAAGUUCUACUCCCAGCCUUCAUGUGGUUGUCUCCUUCAUAUACUAACUACAGGGUCAAAGUUCCUUUAACAACCAAGGGGAAUGCACUCUCUUAUGAAGGCAUUCCUCUUUCUCAAAUGACUACACUUGAUCUAUCUAUGAACCAUUUCACCAACGAAAUUCCAUCACAACUAGGAGAACUCGCAGCUCUCCAUUCAUUAAACCUCUCGCACAACGUCCUGUCUGGCCAUAUUCCAGAAUCUUUCAUGAACUUAAGGCAAACUGGAGAGUUUGGAUCUUUCUUCUAACCAUCUAAUUGGAAAAAUCCCUCCUCAGAUGACUCAACUUGAUUCACUUUCAACUUUAAAUUUGGCUUUCAACCAUCUGUCAGGAAGAAUCCCGUUUGAAAACAAAUUUGUCACCUUUGAAGCAUCUAGUUAUAGAGGUAACAAGGAACUCUGUGGACCACCUCUGGAAAAUGAUUGUGUUCUCGAGCCCGCCUCAGCAGCAUGAAGAAGAAGAAGAAGACGAGAAACAAGGAAUUGGUGAGAGUGACUUCUUUUUCUUCUCAUGCAUAGCUGUUGCUUAUGUUUUGGGAUUUUGGAGUGUCAUUGCUCCUCUUCUUCUUAGUAGGAACUGGCGCACGACAUAUUAUGCUAAGGUUGAUAGCUGCAUUGAACUGUGCAAGGAGAAACUUCAUCUGUCCUAAUUCUCCAUGAAAACUUUUAUGCUACUUUUGAUAUUUUAAGAGUCGUUUGAUAGGAUGUAUAAGAAUAGUGUUGAAUAAAGCUAGUAUUAGCUAC